CACCUGUCUUCAUUCUGUUACUAGAGUUAAUGUUGACUUCAGUGAUUUAAGUUAUUUUUUUAAUAAUGGCAUGAGUUUUAAUAUCGGAAGUAGAUAUAGCGCAAUUUAAACGAAGGAUUGGAUAUGGGGAAAACAACAAAAGUAGUUGUUUGUGGAAUGAAAGGAGUAGGAAAGACAGCAUUGUUGGAACAACUCAUAUAUGGAAAUGUCAAUGUCAAAACAGAAAUUCAUCCUACAAUCGAAGAUGUUUAUGUCGCAAAUAUAGAAACUGAUCGCGGUACGAAGGAAAAAGUGCGAUUUUAUGAUACUGCAGGACUGGAAUCUCCUCAGAAUAAUGCAAAUAAUCAGCAACUACCUCGACAUUACCUUGGUUUCGCUGAUGGAUACGUUUUAGUUUACGAUACCGCAAAACCUGAAUCUUUGGAUGUGUUGUUUCCAUUGAAAAAGGACAUUGACAGGAAUAAAGACAAAAAGGAAAUAAUUAUGAUUGUUAUUGGAAAUCGAACUAAAGCUGAGGAAGAAUCUCAUAGUUUGGAGAAUAUAGCAAGCAAAGCCACCAAUUGGUGUACUAGAGAAAAACUGAAACAUUAUGAGGUAAAUGUUAUGGAUAGAGCAAGUUUGUUUGAAGCAUUUGUUAAUUUAUCGUCUAGGUUGAAUCCUCCUACGAAUAAGAGCACAUUCCCACAGUUAAGUAUGGGUAGAAAAAACAUAAAAGUUGAUGGACUUUAAUCACAUUUAUUUAUAAUCUUAAUCUAUAAUUAAUCACAUUUGUUUAUGUCACCGAUGAUGAUGGUAUUCUUUUAAUCAUUGAUACUGAUUUACUUGUUUAGUAUGCUCAAAAUAUUUUUAUAUAAAAUAAGCGUAUAUUCAAAGGAUCAUGUACUUAAACCAUCAAUUUGCUGAGGUUCUUAUAGUAAUGAAUAAUGAUACUUUCUUCUCUGAAAGAUUUGGCUCGAUUCUAUGUAUGUAUUGUACAUGUAUCUUGUGCAUUUUAUUUUUUGUUUGUACUUAAAAUAUAUAUAUAUAU